UCGUUUACUUCAAAAUUAAAUUUCAGCACACUGUUAAAAGAAUUUAAAGCGGAGAGUUCCAGAGUUAUUGACAGACGAGUGAGAGGAGAGAGAAGCUGAGAAAAGCAAAGAAAAGCUACAGAAGGUGCUCUUCUUUCAGACCUCACUUCGGAUCAAUUUGGCCAAGAAUUUCGCUGCGAACAAUAAUUGAAGUAGAGAGCAAAGUAAGAGAAUCUUCUUCUAGGGUUUCAGUGAUUCGGACCUCUGAUGGCGAGUCCUCGGUCCGAGCGGUUCUUGAUCACCCCGAGUCCUGGUUCUAGGGCUCUGCAAAGCCCUCUCAGCGACGAAUCCAUCUGGAGACGCCUGCGCGAUGCCGGCUUCGACGAGGAGUCGAUUAAGCGGAGGGACAAAGCCGCUCUCAUUGCCUACAUCGCAAAGCUCGAAGCUGAGAUCUUUGACCACCAACACCACAUGGGCCUCCUCAUAUUGGAAAGGAAGGAGUGGGCUUCUAAGCAUGAGCAGGUUAAAAGUUCUGCUGAAUCGGCUGAACUGAGGUAUAAGUGUGAGCAAGCUGCGCACUCUUCUGCUUUGGCUGAAGCUAAGAAACGAGAAGAUAGCCUUAAGAAGGCAUUAGGAGUGGAGAAGGAGUGUAUUGCAAAUAUUGAGAAGACCUUGCGCGAGAUGCGUGCAGAAUCUGCUGAAACAAAAGUUGCAGCUGAGAUUAAAUUGACCGAAGCACGUGGUAUGGCAGAGGAUGCUCAGAAAAAGUUUACUGAGGCUGAGGCAAAGCUGCAUGCUGCAGAGUCUUUGCAAGAAGAAGCCAGUAGGUAUCACCGUGCUGCAGAAAGAACGCUACAAGAAGUCAAAGCUCGUGAAGAUGACCUUAGGAGGCGUACUACGUCUUUCAAUUCUGAUUGUGAGUCUAAGGAGAAAGAGCUCAUUCUUGAGAGGCAGUCCUUAUGUGAAAGGCAGAAAGUUCUGCAGCAAGGGCAGGAAAGAUUACUUGAUGCGCAAGCUUUGUUGAACCAGAGGGAGGAUUAUAUUUUUGACAGAUCUCAGGAAUUAGAUCGGCUUGAGAAAGAGUUGGAGGCUUUGAAAGCAAGUGUUGAAAAGGAGGCCAGAGACCUAAACAAGGAAAAAUCCAACUUAGAGCUGAAAGAAACUUCUCUUUUAACAAGAGAGGAGGCUGUUAUUGAAAAGGAAAAUUCACUGAAUAAAAAGGAGCAAGAGCUACUUAUUCUACAAGAGCAACAUGCGAGCAAGGAGUCAAAUGAAAUCAAAAAAUUAUUGGCUGAUCAAGAGACUGAAUUGAAACUAAGGAAGUCUGAAGUUGAAGUUGAUCUGGACAGGAAGCGCAAAGUUGUGGAAGAUGAAAUUGAAAACAAGAGGCGGGCAUGGGAAUUGAAAGAGGUGGAUCUUAGUCAGAGAGAAGACGUAAUCAUGGAAAGGGAGCAUGACCUGGAGGUUCAGUUGAGGGCUUUAACGGAUAGAGAGAAGGAUGUGGCAGAGAGAUUGAAUAUGGUAGAUGAGAAAGAGAAAAAUAUCAAUGCUGCUGAAGAAGAAGUCGAGUUGCAGAAAAUCUUUUUGCAGAAAGAAAAAGAAGAGAUCAACAAUAUGAAACUAGACCUUCAAAAAACUAUAGGCUCACUGGAGGACAAAAAGAAACAAGUUGAUCUUGCAGAGGAGAAUUUGGAGACCUUGAAAAGGGAAACUAAUGAGUUAAUGAUUUUAGAAAUGAAACUUAAAGAAGAAAUUGAUGUGGUCAGAUCUCAAAAGCUUGAAUUUGUAGCUGAGGCUGAUAGGUUAAAGGCUGAGAAGGCAAAAUUUGAAACUGAAUGGGAGUCGAUUGAUGAGAAAAGAGAAGAACUGCAUAGGGAAGCUGAAUGUAUUGCGGCAGAGAGGUUAGCCAUUUCCCAAUUUUUAAAGGAUGAGCGUGACAGCCUAAAAUUGGAGAAGAAUGCAAUGCGAGAUCAGCAUAAAUGUGACAUUGAGUCUCUCCGUCUUGAACGGGAAGCCUUCAUGAGGGAAAUGGAACAAGAGCGCUCUGAGUGGUUUGGCAAGAUCCAGCAAGAACGUGCAGAUUUCUUGCUGGAUGUUGAGAUGCGAAAGAGAGAACUUGAGAACAGACUUGAUAAAAGGCAUGAAGAAAUAGAAAGUUAUUUGAAGGAAAGAGAGAGAGAAUUUGAGCAAAAGACAAAGACAGAACUUCAUAAUAUCAGUUCUCUCAAGGAAACAGUUGCAAAAGAAAUGGAGCACGUUGCUUCAGAAUUUAAGAGGCUUGAAUCUGAGAGAAUUGAAAUCAGUUGGGAUCGUGAGCAGAGGGAUAAGGAAUGGGCAGAGCUAAAUAAUUCAAUUGAAGAGCUUAAAAUACAAAGGAAAAAAUUAGAGGAACAGCGGGAAUUGUUGCAUGCUGAUCGAGUAAAGAUUCAUGCUCAGAUUGAACACCUCAAGAAAUUGGAGGAUUUGAAAAUUAUCUCGGACAAUAUUGCUAUUGAAGAGAUGGAACAAGCUAAUGCGAGACUCAGCAGCAGACGAAAAGCAAAUGCAAAAAGAUCAUUGAAUCAGCAACCAGUCAUGCGAGCUAGUCAAUUGGAUCUGCAUAAAAGAAUAGAUGUUAAUGAUGGCAUUGUGUUUGAUUCGCCUUCUAAACAAGAAAUAGAUUGUGUUUCUCAUUCUAAUUCUACUCCUUUUGCAUGGUUCAAGCGAUGUGCUGAUCUAAUAUUCAAACAUUCUCCAGAGAAACUUCUGAUUAGCAGUGGUGAAAGGUCUCCAAUAUCUGAUCAUGAUGGUGCAGAUUGGAGAGCAGCAGGACAUUUAAAUUCAUCUAAUGGAUUCAAGGGGCAAGUGUCCAAAGAUUAUGAUGAAAAAGACAAAACUUUCAGUGGUGGUCUUGAAGAACCAAAAGUGAUACUUGAAGUGCCUUCCGCAUGUGAGGAAGUAAAAGGAGCUCAUAAUUUAGAACCUGAAACUGAGACAUCUGCCAGUGAAAAUUCUGCCCGCUCCCUUUCUGAACAAGGGCUUUUGGCUGGAAAGAGAAGAAGAUCUAAAAGCACAUCUUCGCAUGAUUGCAUUGAUACAUUUCUAGAGCGAAGGCAGAAUAAUAAAAAGAGGAAGCAACAAGAAGAUGGUACUCCUAAUCCUUCAGAAGAGAUAGCUGCUCUUGGUGGUACAUGUGCAGAGAAUGGUGUAUCAUCUUGUGGUUCUAAGAUGCAGGAAAAAAUAAAAGAAAUUAUCCUGGUGAAUGGUGGACAGGUUACCCAGCACUGUCAGGCUCAACAAGAAGCUAUUUCCGAGGAGAGUGGACAGAAGGUUAAAAAUUAGAUCAAAGCAGCAGGUUGUAAAUUAGAUGAUUGUGUGAGGUUGAAGGGGAAGCUAACAUGAUGAGAUCAACAUCAAAGUUGUAAAUCCCUGGUAGCUUUGUCCAGAGCAGCUGUGACACAUUGUGUGAAUUUGAACAAAUGCGCAAACAAGUGUUUUUCCUUUCCAGUUUAUAUCUGCUUGUCACUGUUCAGUGUAUUUUUUUUUUAUGCAUCAUAGAAUCUAGUUUACCGUUAGAUGCUCUUUUGGUGUAGUUCACAAUAUGGCUUGUGAUUUAUCUUGCUUUGGCCAGAACAUGUACAUGGAAUGGCCACUGGUUUUUGAAGGUUUUGUAUAUGCUUUCCCA